CGUACUGGCAAAAACCGUGCUUUUUCUGGCGGAAGUUUACAAUACGUACCCUGACGUAGAACUUCAUGGGUGUGACAUUGUAGAAUCCAUGCUUUCUCAGCAGAACCUGUAUCUCAAUAGGACCUGGCAGAUGCUUAGUGUAUUGCCAACGGGACAGUAGAAACUAUCCCUGAAACAGAGAGACUCUAGGAGGCGCUGCUGUUCACUGUUGCGCCAGUCUGGCAGGUACUGUGCAAGCUAGCUGAGGAGUCAAACAUGCCGAGCAAGAAGAAGAAGUACAACGCCAGAUUCCCACCUGCCAGAAUAAAGAAGAUUAUGCAAACAGAUGAAGAAAUUGGUAAAGUGGCAGCAGCAGUUCCUGUUAUUAUCUCUCGUGCAUUGGAACUUUUUUUAGACUCUUUGCUCACCAAAGCAUGUCAUGUGACACAGUCACGGAAUGCAAAAACAAUGACAACUUCUCAUUUGAAGCAGUGUAUAGAACUAGAACAACAAUUUGACUUUCUUAAGGAGCUGGUGGCAGCAGUACCUGAUAUGCAGGGGGACAAUGAGGAAAACCAUACAGAUGGCGGAGAGAGAGCCUCCCGCAGAGGCAGAAAGCCAGGUUCUGGAAGGAAAAAUGGUGGAUCUGGAAUGAAAAACAGAGAUAAGAAGCAGUCGGGCACUGAAUCAGAACAGGAGGAAAACUCCGAAGACAGUGAAACAGAUGAUGACGAGUCAUCUCACUCAUUCACAAACCAAUCUAUAACAAAAUCUCAGGGCCCUCAAGCACAAUAUAUGCACUUCAACACAUCUCAGUCGAGCAUGUCUGUGCCUACAGUCCCAACAAUGGCAUUACCCAGCAUUCUGACAACAGCACCUGUCACAUCAGCAUAUUCACAGGAAGAUGAUGAAGAUUACGAUUCUUAGCUUGCAAUGACUGUUUUAUUUUGUUUUAGAUACUGCAUUUGAAAUGAAAAUGCAGCUCUUAAAUUUGUAAAAAUGUGUUUUACCUUCAUGUGUUUUCAUUUUGUGGAUAAAAGCUACAAGGUGGUUUCAUCUGGUAUUUCAUUACUACUUCCAGAUCCCUGCAGGUUAAAAUGAAUGGAAUUGGGAUCUCUGCUUCCUUUUCCUUGUUGCAGCAUUUCUUUAUUUCUUUCUUUGUUUUGAUAGGGCCAUGGUGCAUUCUAAUCUAAUGGGCCCAUGUUCCAGUCAUGCUACAUUUGCCCACCAUUUUGAUUUUGAUAGAUUGGGGGAGGGGGUCCUAAGUGAGAAGAGCUGAAUCUGAAAUUUUAAUGUAAGCAAGUGUGUGUGUGUGUGUGUGUGUGUGUGUGUGUGUGUGUGUGUGUGUGUGUGUGUGUGUGUGUGUGUGUGUGUGUGUGUGUGUGUGUGUGUGUGUGUUUGCGUAGUAUAUAUGUGUGUAUGCGUGGACUUGCCUUUGUGAACACACAAGUAUGUAUAUCUUGAGAUCUUACAGAUUAGUUAGUGGUGGGCUGGUAAUUCAUUGCUGUUAACAGUUUUUAAUAUUGACUUUCCAGGUGCUCAUUUCUGAUGUGUCCAGGAUGUAGGUUUAAUUUUUUAUACGUACCGCAAGCCACAGAUGUGUACACACUUUCCAACAGCAAUACUUUACUUUUUUAUUGAGUUGUAAAGUGUUGAUGAACACACUUUUUUUCUCCUCGAUGAUAUUUCCGUAUGUUCUGUAAUGAAGUCAGAUUUUAAGGUGACCAGUAUGUUAGCACUGGCAGUGCAGUCUUAAACUCAUGUUGAUAUAUAAUAUGCCCAUUCUGUAAUUUGUUUUUUCUUUCCCACCAGUUGAAUUGCUUUAAGGGUCCAUCAUAAUUGUUCUGCGCAGUACUUGACCAAAUCAGUUACGUAGAUAGAUAAUGGUUUUCUGUGGUUUUAUUGGAAAGGAUUUUUUUUACAGUUGUGUGUUCAUAUCAGUAUUGCAACUAGUUUUGUUUUUACUGAAAAGUCUUUGUAAAACAACUGUGUUAGUCAUAUUUUAAUGGAGUGAGUCUACCUUAGGCUUACAGGGUAGACUUAAGCUAGGAAUUCUAAGUGACCGAGAAAUAAGUGAUGCUCCUUUAAAAAAGUUUUCAAAAACUAGAGUCAAAAUUAACUUUACCUGAUGUAUUUUAUGCAAGUAAACAUCAUUGUUAAGAUUUUUUUUUGUAUGAGAAGGGCAAUUACUAAAACUUCUGCUGAAUGAAUGAUGACAUGUUCUGGUGAAUUGCUGCUAGUCAUAAACUGACCACUGCAUCUGAAUUAAACUUUGCAGUUUUACAAGUUUAGGAUUAUAAGUAAGGAAUUUUUUAAAUUUUCUCUACUGGUUUAGAAGUACAAACCAGAUGUGCUGCAUAAAAAUCUGAGAAAUAUUUGUAAAGUAGUAGUAGUAGAAGUAUUGUUUGUAAUAUAUCUGUGCACAUGGAACCCUAGAAAUGAUGUUCAGACGUACCAGCCCAGCACCCUUUGCUAUUAGACUUAUUUAAUGUAUUACAUCUUGUUGUGAUCUUGACGUAAGGAUAUAAAGAUGAUUAUGUUUGAAUGUUGUGGGGAAAACCUCCAUUCCAGAGUGCUGCUUUUGUCAUAUUCUUUCAUAAUGAAAGCAGUACAUCUCCACACUUUAGUAGAAUGAUGUAAUUGUAAGCGUCAGGUCAUUCUUCAGGGAGAGCUGUUGUCAGUAAAUGCAGCAAAUGAGCUUCUACUCAGCAAUGUCAGUUAUAGUCCAUCAUGAUUAAGCUUCUUUGAAGACCGUAUUACACAGGAGAAGCACUGGUUAUGUGUUGUUAUUGCUCAUCCAACAUCAGUUUUGCACCCCAUGUGUAAUCCUGCAUCACCUCUUGACAUGACGCCAUGUGUAAUCCUGCAGCACCUCUUGACAUGACGCCGUGAGUAAUCCUGCAGCACCUCUUGACAUGACGCUGUGAGUAAAUCUGCAGCACCUCUUGACAUGACGCAGUGUGUAAUCCUGCAGCACCUCUUGGCAUGACCUCGUGUGUAAUCCUCCAGCACCUCUUGGCUUGACCUUGUUUGUAAUCCUGCAGCACCGUUUGGCAUGACCUUGCAUAUAAUCCUGCAGCACCUCUUGGCAUGACCCUGUAUAUAAUCCUGCAGCACCUCUUGGCAUGACCCUGUGUAUGAUCCUGCAGCACCUCUUGACAUGACUCCAUAUGUAAUCCUGCAUGAUCUCUUGGCAUGACAUGACUCCAUGUAUAAUCCUGCAGCACCUCUUGGCAUACACCAUAUAUAAUCCUGAAGCAUCUCUUUACAUUAGCUCCAUGCAUAAUCCUGCAGCAUCUGUUGGUUUGACCCCCAUGUAUAAUCCUGCAGCACCUCUUAACAGUUACUCCAUGUAUAAUCAUGCAGCAGCAGCGCACUGCUUGACAAGAACUCCAGAUGUUAUCCUACAGCAUUAUUAUGUACCCUUUGUGUAAUCCUGUAGCAUCACAUGGCAUGUACCUUGACUUGUUUUUCCAGUCAGCGGAGGAAGUUCUUUGAACUUGAGAAAAUGAGUGAACCUUAAUUGUGGAACAAGUAUUUUGUGCCAUUAUCCAUUCGUAUAGCAUGAAUUUGAGUAACCUAGAAAGUAAACAAACAGGAGUCAAUAAAAUCCACAACCAGCAAUAAGGUCCAGGAAUGAAAUUUGUCAUUCUUGAACCUUAUUACUGGUUGGGGAAGAAUUUAUGAGUCCCUAGGAAAACUCUUCUUUAAGAAUUGGCAGUGGAUAUGCACAAAGGACAAAUUAGAACUGCAGUGCAAGACAAUCCAAAAACACAUGCCAACAAGCUCAGAGCUGGUCUAAAUGGCUUCCUUUUCCUCCUUUACCACUGCCUGUCUCCUGUAAAGGGGGAAGAGCUUCUCCAUUACACUAGGCAUUAACAGCAAACUUUUGCUAAAUGGGUUCUCCACAUCAUUUCAGGAGUUGUGUAAUAAAAUUUUCCUGUGAGGUAGUAUAUAAACCGGUUAUUUUUCUUCUUUUAUUUUUUCUUCAGUGCUUUUUUUUUAAUAUAGGUAAUGCCAUCAUCUACCAACAUCUAGUGGCGUCUCCCCUUAGCAACUAUUUAAAAAGUAAAAUUGACCAUUUCCCCCACGGACUUUUUUCUUCCACGCAAUAUCUGAAGUGGCCACAAGGUGGCAACACUAUAUAGUACGGACAGCCAAAUAGUCAACAUUCUCACUUUUUAUUAGUUUUCUGCUAAAAUCGUCUGAAAACUUUUUUUAUUUGUUUUGCUUUAUAAAUGCAUAUUUGUUCUUGUGGACUCCCUGGCAAUGACUAAUACAAGUACCUUGUUAGAGUGAAGUAAUUGACAGAUUUUUUUUUUCAUAGAUUCGCCUUGGAUGCCUUUUUUUUUUUUUUUUUUUUUUCAGUUUUACAAGGUCUUAAAAAUUGAAUAUAAAAAUGUUGGCUGUUUGAGGUUAUUGCAGAUUAUACAGUGGCCUCCCAUUAAUAUUCCAAAACGUGCAUGCUGAUUGGCCAGCGUGCCCAUUGUAAAUCCCACAAUAUACCAACGGAAAAAAGGUCCGGUCGCCUGGACUUUUUUCCGUUGGUGUAAAGUCCUCAAAAUAUAUAUUUUUAAACAAAUUAAAAAAGAAAAAACGGAGCAGCUGAGACUUUCGUCUCUCCGUUGCUUCCGAUUCUAAGCAUUGAUAUACUGGGUAUGCAUUGGACGCAAGUCUCAUAAGCAUGCUCAGUACAUCAAAACAGGGAAGCCGUGUACCACAACCAAUGGAAGAACAGUAAUCCACCAUUAUACAAAGACAUUAUUUAAGAAAAGUAAGUAUUUUUUUCUUAAAUAAUGUCAUUGUAUAAUAACAAUAAUUGACUCCGUAGUUGUGGUAUAUUGAAAUUUACCCAUGGUUGGCUUUAUUUAAUCACUCUGGCUUCGCCCUUGUGAUUACACCAUACCAACCGUGGAUAAAUCUUCAGUAUACCACAUCACAUCAUUGGUUAUUGCUGUAGUAUCUUUCACACACUGUUUAUCUAGUUAGAAGGGACCCAGUGACACCUGGAUUUGCUGAAGAACUUAGUCACUUGUUCAAAGAGCAUUUGCACAAGUGGAAGUUGCAUAACCGUAACUGCUUGAAGUGGCAUUUGUUCAUGUGCUUUGUUCAGUUUGUAUAGAUACAAUGUUCUGCUUCUUGACAUGGGAUACAUUUUAGCUUUUCUGACCCUCCAGUCUUCCAGAGGAAGAACAAGACAGGUUUUCAUUUCCUUUCACUGAUUGCGUUUCUCUGAGAUGUUGAGGUCUUAUAAUAAGAAUAAUAAAGUAAGAGUGGGUGAUGUGCAGUGAGGGGCUGCCUUUCUUCAAAAAAAAAAAAAAACUCAACUGUUUUCUUUGUAAUUGGUUUGAGUACCUGAGCUGUUAUUUGUAACCUGUAUUUGUUGUCAUUUGUAGUUCAGCAAUGUCAUGGAGUUGUAGAUUAAUUUGUAAAACCCUUAAUUGAAGUUGAUUACUGUAUGUUAAAUAAUUUCUGAUUAUUGAAGGCUUUUUUUUAUAAAAAAUGUCCUGUGGUGCGCAGUUCAUUUUUUUUUUCACUCGCUUUGCCACAUUUGGGAAGAGUAAGCCCAAGAGCUCUAAAGUGGACAUAGAAAAAUAUUCAUCAUAAAUUCUCAAAUAAGGAAUCACUCAUUGGAGCUAUGACCUAGUGUGGAGCUGUUAACACUGUUUCCAAAAUAGCUUGUGCGUUAUUAAUGGCAACCUGACUGAAGCUAAUAAGGUUUCAUUUGAAAAGUUAGAAAAGUCAUGAAUUUGAUCAAAAAUAUGACAAGGGAAGAGUUAUCAGUUGUUUACAUGUAUAUUUAUUAAAAAAAAGCAUAGCCUUUAUGCUCUCUUGAUUCGCGGAUUGCUAGUUAAAAAGGUAUCCAUUUCUCUAGGAUGACUUAGAAUGGGAUGUUGAUUUAUUUGAAGUUUUAGAUGACACUAGGGAAGACAAGAGUGCCUAACCUUCUAGUGGGGUAAUUUCAAUACCAUUUUUACAUUUAACGUGUGAAUCAUUUUGGGUUGAGUUCCUCUCGUCUGAUUGAGAAGACCAUGUUAUUAACAAAAGGUGUGUAUCUGUCUUCUGUGUGUACUUUUUUCUCCAUUACACAUUCUGCAUUUCCUUAAAAAAAAUAACUUUUCCCUAAAUUAUGACAGUUUUAGAUAAUCUUAAAUUCUGGUAUAAGAUGUUUCAGAGGAUGUAUAUGUGAGCAUGCAUAUUUAAGGCCCCACAUAAUAGAUCCAGGGCAAAUUCAUAAAGCAAAUGCCUAUAUAAUGUGAUAUUUUGCCUCUCGCAGGAGAAACUUCAUAAGUAUAAAGUGCUUGUAAAAGGUUUACUCUGCUAGCUAUCCAGCUGCAUUAUGUCAGAAUUAGCAUUCCUAUUUCAUUACAUUGUUUAUUCUUUAACUUAAAUAUAAUAGAUCCAGGGCAAAUUCAUAAAGCAAAUGCCAGUAUAAUGUGAUAUUUUGCCUCUCGCAGGAGAAACUUCAUAAGUAUAAAGUGCUUGUAAAAGGUUUACUCUACUAGCUAUCCAGCUGCAUUAUGUCAGAAUUAACAUUCCUAUUUCAUUACAUUGUUUAUUCUUUAACUUAUCCAGGAUUUAGGGAAUA